AUGAAGCUCCUCAAGCCCGCUGUGCUGGUGUUCUGUCUCCUACUCGCCGCGUCGGGAGCGAUAGCUCAGCAGGACUACAGCUGUUCCCCCACCAGGCCGUGCAAACUUGGCUGCUGCGGUAAGAACAAUGUCUGUGGCCUUGGGCCUAGCUAUUGCGCGCCCGCGAACUGCACUUCCAGUUGCGGUGCCAAGAGCGAAUGUGACCCAGGCUGGGGAUCCGCCUGGAGCCAGAGAGCGAAGUGUCCCCUCAACGUAUGCUGCUCCAAGUUUGGCUUUUGCGGAACUACCAAGGAGUUCUGCGGCGACAAGAAGGUCAAGGCGCCAAGUUGCCCUGGUGGCUCUUCUGCAGGCAAGCGAGUGAUCGGCUACUAUGAAGGGUGGUCAACAACAAAGGCCUGCAAUGGAUUGAAUCCUGAGGACUUACUCUACACUGCUUACACUCAUCUCAACUACGCGUUCGCCUUCAUUGACCCGACCUCGUAUAAGAUUGCAAAUAUGCAAGACUCAGACUCGAAGUUCAUGCCUCGACUCACAGCACUGAAGAACUACAACCCUGGGAUGGAAGUCUGGAUUGCCAUUGGGGGUUGGAGUAUGAACGACCCUGAUCAGCCGACCAAGCGCACGUUUUCUGAACUGGCCGCAUCCAAGGCGAAGCAAGACGUCUUCUUCUCAUCUCUUCUGUCUUUUAUGGAUAAAUAUGGCUUCGAUGGUGUCGACGUCGACUGGGAAUAUCCCGUUGCCGAGGAACGCUCUGGCACACCUGAAGACUACAAGAACUUGGUCACUUUUCUCAAGAAUCUGCGCGCAGCACUGGGAACGAAGGGCCUCACUAUCACGCUCCCAGCAUCAUACUGGUACCUUCAGCACUUCGAUCUCAAGAACAUCCAGCCAUACCUGGACUGGUUCAACAUGAUGAGCUACGACUUACACGGCACUUGGGAUGGCACAAACCCUUAUCUGGGGCCGUACGUCAACAGCCACACGAACUUGACAGAAAUCGACCGUGCCCUCGAGCUUCUAUGGCGGAAUGAUGUCGACCCGAAGAAGGUCGUCAUGGGUAUGGGGUUCUACGGACGCAGCUUCACCCUCUCGAAUCCAAGUUGCAAGACCUCCGGUUGUGGCUUCAGCGCCGGUGGCGUCCCAGGCAGAUGUUCCGCGUCUGCUGGGACAUUGAUGUUCUCUGAGAUCCAAGAGAUCAUAGACAAGGGCGGAGCUCAAGUGACAACAGACAAGACAGCAGCCGUCAAGAUUGUCACUUGGGGCGGUAAUCAGUGGGUCUCUUACGACGAUGAAGAGACGCUCAAGUUGAAGAUGGACUACGCCAACGGCAAGUGUCUUGGAGGAGUCAUGGUGUGGGCUGCAUCAACAGAUGACGCUAAGGGGACUGCCAUCAAGGCUCUAGCGAAAGCUUCGGGCCGAACCGACUUGUCGAAAUCUCUCUUUGCCAAAGCAGUCAGCAGCGACCCCAGCCAGUGUGUCUGGGGCGAAUGCGGUGCAUCGUGUCCGUCUGGUCUCGUCCCGGUCGAGAGUUCAGGGAGCAACGCCAGUCCACUUGGCAUUGAGUUAGGAUGCAAUCAGGGAAAGCGCAACUUCUGCUGUCCACCAAAGAACCCACCAACUUGUAAGUGGAAGGGAAGCCCCAAGUUCUGUGGUGCGCUCGCGAAAAACCGAUGCAGUGGCAAGGAGAUCGAAAUUGCUGCAAGCACAGACGGAUGCUGGACUGGACAUAAGUCUUUGUGUUGCACCAAGACUGAUUCGACAAGUACUCUCGACUCUUGCGAGUGGCUCGGUGCUGCCCCGUUUUGCUCAGCUGGCGCGACUUUCGGUUCCAUCCUUGGACUCGGCACAACACCUGUUGCUGGAGCAUUCUCCUUCCUUUCGUACGGCUGUCCCAACAAGGACAAGCCGAAGGAGUUGACCACUGGGAAGCAAGGAGAGGGAGGUCAGCAGACGCGAUCCGGAAACACUGCUUGGGUUCAAUGGAAGCAGAUACUGUCCGGCCCCCUCGCCAACCUUUUUUUCGAUUUUUCAACGGACUGCAAGACCGGCUGUGAGAGCGGAGAAGUGACCGUCGCGACUGAUGGCUUUGGCUGUCGCUCUGGGACAUACUCCUAUUUCUGCUGUGGUAAUCCGAAUACGCCAGUCGAGCCCAAGCUACCAGAGAUCAGUCUUUGUCCCAGCCCAGCAAACUUGCCGGACUUGUCCACAGUCCCAGAGGGCGGUUCGAGCCCUAAGAAUGUUUUCAAGGAAGGAGAUGUCUUUGACAAUAACUGCAUACUACCGCCAACUAAUAAGAGGCGACACAUGAUUCGAGCUGCUCGACCGCAUCACAAGGGAUUCGACAGUAAUGACACAAUCUCGGAGGAAUCAGAGCAUCCGGCACUCGCUGGCAUGGACACAUCGUACCUCUUUGGGAGAUCGUUGGAGAAACGCGGUGCCAGAGACGUUGCUAUGAAAUUGUGUGCACCCGGCAAGCAGAGCAGCAGCAUCUACACUCAGAACUACCCCGGUGCGACCAGCAUCAUUCGCACUACUGGGAAGGCUUUCACAGUGGCUAAGCAGGGUGUUUGCGCCGCUGUUGGAAUCACAGCUCUGACUAACCUUGAUCCGAAUACCAACUGGGUCACGGAGCAUGUGUUCGAGAAGCAAGAGUUCCGUGACGCAGUUGAGUGGAUGAUGGAUGGUAAUACGCCGAAGGGUGUUGCUCUCACAGCCGGUAAAGCUCCCUUUACGGGAGUCUUCGACCUCAAUGGCUUGUUUCAGGAUACCUGGCCUUCGAAGACUUACACCACUCUUAAAGUUGUCCAAGAUUGGGCGGGCAACAUCAAUGACGCUUUCACAGGUCUUCUUGGUCGAACGUCAGACGCAGGUCUCAAUAACGCAAACACCGUCAAUCUCCAAGUCUGCGACGCCGAUUUCAAUCGCUACAAAGAGUUCAUCGUUGCUGGUAGCGACUUCAUGAGCCAGGCGACGUGGAAGAACUACAGCCCCACAGGUCGCAUCGCCAUCUUGUCUGAUGUGAUUGACACCUUCGCGUAUCGAAGUGAAUCAAGCGUCAUCACCUCAUACCAAAAGACAUAUGCUUCACUGGCCACCCUCUGGGGCGACUUUGGUCGAUAUGCUGUCAGCAAAGGCGUCAACUACGAUUUUGCAUCAGCUUGGAAGCAGAUUGUCCCCGCCAAUCUCGAGAGCCAGGUCUCAUCUGCUCGAACGUUGUUCGAGAGCUAUGUCAAGAGCGAGCUAACAUUCUGGAAAUCGACUGCUGCCGCGACAACUUACUCGCCAGUGGUUGUCAAGGAGAUGACUGAUAAGCUUACGGAUUGGCAGGGGAAGGUGACUACACUAAUUGCGCUUCCGAUUAGCAAGAUGACAGCUUGA